AUGGAAACCGAGGCGACGCAGCAGCCACCCCCCGGCUCGUCGGCAGUCACCGCCGCCUACCCCCGGUCGGUGCUGCUCAAGCACUACGCCGAAGACGUGGACGUGGGUUCCUGCCCCGCUGCCGACGCCAGGACGCUGGCGGUCUCCCGCACCUCCACCGGCCACCCCGUCGCCGUCUCCCUCAGCCUCGCGGCGCCGCCGGCGCUCUCGUCCGUGCGCGUCCACUUCCCGCGCGGAGUCGAGGGCGCCACCGGCUACGUCUUCGCAGCCCACGGCGACUCCCUUCUCAUCUGCGCUUAUUUCAAGGAAGGGUACCGCGGCGGCAGACCCAACUACUUCGUCUACGACGCGGGCGCCGCCUCCGCCGAGCCCCCGGGGCAGCCGUCGCUGUUCCUGCUGCCGCCGCACUGGCUCGCCGAGCAGGGGCCGGGAUCGGAAGGGCGGAGCCGAGGCGGCGGCGCCCCUGCGUGGCGUUUUCGGGACAAGCGAGGCACCGGACUCCUGCGCCGCGGGGAGGACGAGCCGAGCUCACGCUGUUCCGCCGCGGCCAGUGGAGCGUCGAGCAGCCAGCGGUGGUCAUCCACCACGACAGCCAGGACGACGGGGACGAGGACGAGGACCCGCUGCUGUCCUCGUGGUCAACCCACACCGUCCUUCCCGUCGGCGACGCGCAGCUCUGCUGGGUCGACCAGCACCUCGGCCUCCUCUUCUGAAGCGUGA